CAAAUGACAGGUCAUGUGACAGGGAAAUUUUAAAGAGUUGUUGUCUCUGCCCGGUUACUACUCGUCUUAGUGCUGGAUUGGACUGACGCUGUCUAGACUCUAGAGGUAAACAAGAAUGUAUCAUCUAGCGUUUCUCUACGGACUGCUGUCUUUUGUCUCUAGUUUACCUUGUGAUACAUCUGGACCCAACAGUGAGCUACUGCUUUCACUGAAUAAGGAUCUUCUUCGCUCCCUGGAGAGACUGGAAGGACUCCCCAAUCCCAGUGUCCACUUGGCAUUACGACUCUCAGACACCCACAACCUUGUCAAAGAGGGGCAACACCUGAACAGACUGAAAAAUCAUUUACACAAUGACAUUCAAAGCGGCCUCGCUCUCAGCCAACCUGUGGUUGGACGCUUGGCGUUGUACACACUGGCCUUGAAGUCAUCAUGUUAUGAUCUCAACACAAUCACCUUCACUGUUGGUGACAAGAGUGAGACGCUGCUGACGCACCUCAAGAAGCAGAUGGAGCAAGAGAAAGAAUACAUUUCCUUCAGCCAACGCCCUUUGACCAACUAUUACCAGUACUCACUGGGUGUGCUCGCUCUGUGCGUGAGCGGCAUCAGGGUCAACAACCACAUCGCCAACAAACUCAUUAAAGCAGUAGAACAUGACUAUUUCACACAUGGCGACACCGUCAGCAUCGAUACCUAUGCAAUGGCGGCAAUGGCCUUGCAGUGUGUGAAGAAUGCCGGUUCCCAUAUUCACAAUGCUGCUGAGCUUGAGACAGCCCUGACCAAGAUCAAGCAGAAGCUCUUGGCAUCACGAAGGCCCGAUGGUCAUAUUGGCAAUGAGUUCAGCACUGGUCUUGCUGUACAAGCUCUACUGGCGAUGGGCAGCCAGGUGUCAGCGUGUGCUGCUCCAAUGGAGGCCAUGAGGAGGGAUGCCAGAGGCAACACGUACCACAACCCCAUGGCCAUAUCUCAGGUCCUGCCAGCUCUCCAGCAGAAAUCCUACUUGGCUGUCCAAAGCAAGGAGUGCCUCAAUGAAGAAGACACUUUGGUUCUUGAGCCCAUCGACCCUGUGGUAGUUUUGCCCAGUGACACCAAAGUGGCUGUGAUGGUGGAAGUGGUGACAUCCAGCGGGUCAUCUGCUGUUUAUUCCCUGGAUGUACCAAAGGGAAGCUCUCUGUUGGCGGCCCUCCAACUCCUCAAGGGAAAAAAUGUUGGCUUCACGUUUGAGCAGGAAUCAAGCCUGUGGGGGCCAUUCUUAAGUGUGGUGAAUGGAGAGCGGGCCAGACAGAGCGACCGCAGAUACUGGCACCUAUCCUCUGGUGACGCUGCUCUCACCCAAGGUAUUCGUGAUUUCAAAAUAGAAGUGGAUCAAAAGAUAACCAUCAAAAACACAAGCUUUUAAGAGUGCCAUUGAUCACUAGUGAUCAUUUUCGACCAAAGAAAACAACUUUGAUUUCUUUCAACCCAUUUUUUUGUUUGUAAUUGUUUCAUUGCAAAUAGAUAUGACUGAAGAGACUGUGGUAAUCAUAUAAAAGGGAGAUUUUUUAAUGUAUUUUCUUUUAUAAAGGUUUAAAAAAUGAAAUGGGAAUGUUCGUGUUAUGUUGCCUUUAAUCUUCUUGGGUACUAGGGACUUAUUUCUUGUUUCAUAUUUGUUCUUCAUUUUGGUUGUGUUAACUUCAAUCCACCCAUUUUCUAUACUGCUUGUCCUGACUGGGGUCACAUGUAUACUUCAGGGGAGAAGGUGAUCAAAAAUGCCAAAUAAAGAAUUAUUAUUCGUGCAGUGGGAGGUAGAGAAAGUUGGAAAGGAUUCUGUCAGGCGCCACAACUGAGAUAUGGCCCUCAAUAAAGACGAAUUUGACGAUG